GUGCGAAGAUGGCGGUGGAUAAGGAGCUGCUGGAGCGGGACCUCUACGGGCUGCUGGGGAUCGGCGAGAAGGCGUCCGAGAAGGAGGUGAAGACAGCGUUCCGGCAGAAGGCGCUCACCUGCCACCCGGACAAGAACCCCGACAACCCCCGGGCAGCGGAAAUUUUCCACCAGCUGUCCCAGGCCUUGGCCGUGCUCACAGAUGCAGCAGCCAGGGCAGCCUAUGACAGGGUGAGGAGGGCAAAGAAGGAGGCUGCAGCAAGGACACAGAAACUCGAUGAGAAGAGGAAGAAAGUAAAGCUUGAUCUUGAAGCCAGAGAACGGGAAGCCCAGGCCCAGGAGAAUGAAGAGGAGGAGAUCAGGAUAACCAGAUCAUUAGAAGAAGAAAUAAUCCGCCUGCGGGAGGAGGGCUCCCGGCAGCUGGAGGAGCAGCAGAGGCUGGUCAGGGAGCAGAUCCGCCGGGAGAGGGAGCAGCACAGCCGAGGCAAGCAGGAAAGAAAUGGAGCAGAAGGCAAAAUAACUCCUAAGCUCAAGCUCAGGUGGAAAUGCAGGAAGGAAGAUGAGACUGGAGGGGGAUACUCCAAAGAUGUGCUGCUGCAGAUCCUGCAAAAGUAUGGUGAUGUGCUCAAUUUGUUGAUCUCCAGCAGGAAGACUGGCAGUGCAGUGGUGGAAUUUGCCACGGUGAAGGCAGCUGAGAUGGCUGUGAAGAAUGAAGUUGGCCUGCUAAAUAACCCCCUGAAGAUUUCCUGGCUGGAGGGCCAGCCCCAGAGCCGCCCCAGCACCGUCCUCCCCGACAGCAGCAGCCAGCCCAGGAGCUCACAGGCGUCGGUGGUGUCGGAGCGGGACUACGAGAGCCUGGUGAUGAUGAGGAUGCGCCAGGCGGCCGAGAGGCAGCAGCUCAUCGAGCAGCUCCAGCGGGAAGACGAGGAGGAAAAGUCUCACACUUAGCAUGAGAGUAUGGAUUCUUCCCACCCCUCUGUCCCCUCAGAGCUGUUUCUUUAUUUAAGUCAAUAAACCUCCUUUUUUCUAAAGGUAUUGUGGGAAUAGAAACUCCCAGGGAUUGCAGACCUUAUCCCAUUCCAGGUUUGGGGAAGGAAUGGCUGCCUGAGGUUCACAGAGUGCAGGUGUUACCCUGUCAGUGUGUGUGCCCAGAGCAGCUGCCCCAUCCCAUGGGACAAGGUGUGAGAGGUGCCAUCAGAACACCAAAGCCUGGAGAUUUUAAUUCCUGAAAGCUCAUUCAGAGGGAUUUGGCAACAGCUUUAAACAACCCACAGAAGGACAUUGGUCUCUUUGGAGCAAUGUUUUAUUAUGUUUUAUUGGUGUUACUCCCAUAGCAGGAUCCAUUCACAGUCCCAAACAUUCCAGCAGUGUUGGGAUUAGAGCCUGCACCUGGAAUAGUCACACAACAACACUUUCUGUGUUAUUUUGGGAAUCCCAUGUUAGGCUUGGAUGGCAGUCUGGAAUCUGGAAUUUCAGUGGUGCUGCUGAGAUGGAAGCGGGCCUUGCUGCCAAGGGGAGGGAUUCUCAGAGCCCUGGGAGUAGGUUUAGUGGUUCCCUCUUGGAUUUCAGGGAUGAAAUGGGAUGGUGUCCAUGCUUGCUGUCCCUCCCUAACCCCCUGGCCCAGGAGAAGGC